AAAGUGCUCAAUAAGUGAAUAAGACACAUUGUUGUUGGGGUGAGGUAUGGACCUGGAACCCCUGGAACCAUCCGUUGCACACGAUCCUGAGGACCCGAAGAAACCUGAAGGCGAACCCGGCGAGAAAGAACUCAAGAAAAGGCAAAUGACAUGGAGGAGCAGAGAAAGAAAAGAAAGUAAAGAACAAUGUAAAAUCUUGGUAGAGGUGCCAUUUGCAACUUGAUCACUGUGGCAAAAAAUAAAAAUAAAAUAAAAAUAAAAAAUAAUGAGAUUUUUAGAUUUCCUGCUUAGUCGUCUKAUUAAUUUGCUUAACAAUUUUACAGUUAAAAAUUUUACAGUUUAAAGUCUAAAAUGCUUUGAGUUCAUGGUGGUUACACAGGAAUCCCAAGUUCUGUAUAUUUUGAACCACAGGAGUCCCAUCGAUCCAUCCAUAACAUAUUAUUAAUGCGGAAAAAUGUCAGAUUUGCAUUGUAAAUUUGCGCAUUUAUUCCGCAAAGUUUCAAGCUAAAGCAAACGUGUACUUUAAGUGCUGACCCUUCUGAAACACACCAGCAACAAUUUUAAACAGGAAUGGGCCGUUUUUUGUAUCCAAUUUCAGCAGUUUUUACAAUUUUAGUUACUUUUGUACCCGUUCGCUCACUCAACGAACACAGAAACAUCGAAUUUCCACCGAUAUUUCAACCUUCGUYUACUCCGGGCAUUCGACCGGGACACCUGAAAGCUUUUGGCUUCCAAAGACCACCAAAUGGGCCCCUAAUCGAGUACRARAAGCCACUGAGACCCGAAAAGUUCUGGGAARAUCAUGUUAGCAAGAAUCUUCCUUUGGUCUUUCGUGGCGGGAUUUCUGAAUCACCAGCCAUUUCAUUGUGGACAGAUGAUUAUCUCAAGGGGAAAUAUGGUGAUCUUGAUGUUUUGAUCGAGAAAAAGAAAGAGAAUCGUACACAUGGAAUGACGAGUCGGUUGCUACUUGGGGAUUUUAUUGACGCCUAUAAGAAYGAUGAUAUUUAUGUUGUUACUGUCAUGCCGGACCCCAUGAGACAAGAAGUUCAGGUUGUCUCAAGCCUGUUAUGUGGUACAUUUAUGGACUAUCUUCAUGAGACAAACUUUUGGAUGGGUUCAGGRGGGACACGGUCAGUAAUUCAUUAUGAUGCAGACCAUAAUAUCCACUGCAUGGUGGCUGGCAGAAAAGACUUCAUCAUGAUAAACCAAAAAUACAGAAAAGAACUCAAACUUACUAAGUUCCCAGAGUUUGGCUCAGGUUUCUCUAUGGUUGACCCAGAUUCCAUCAACCUUGACAAGUAUCCAGACAUUCCUAGUGUUGAAUGGACKUAUGCAACUAUCAAUGCAGGGGAUUGUAUUUUUAUUCCCUCAGGUUAUAUCCAUCAAGUUCGCUCUUAUGCACGCACUAUCUCAGCAACCAUGCUCUUCACAGCAUCUCUCAACAACACUUUUGAACCAACUGGAUGUGACACAGCAACAUUUGAAUACACGCCAAUGAGUAAAGUCAAUGUUCAGUGGACUUACAAAAAGGGGGAUAAAAUCAUCCAAAUGGGAUUCAUGAACAUUGAGAAAUUCCGAAAAUUGUUUCUUGAUUAYCUUGUUGAACAUAAAAUUGAGAAGUUAACACCAGAGUUGUUUUCGGAGGCCGUGGAAGAUWCUUUUCCAAUGGAUGAAAUGGAAAAAUUGGAGCGGGAUCCUAUUAAGGUAUUCAACACCUAUCUUGACAAAGAUGGYAAGGGAUUUGUUACCAAGGAUGAUAUCAAGAAGCUCUCAAGUGAUGAUAUAAAGAUGAUUGCACUGCAUUCUGAAGCUCCUCAUGGCCCUGUCAAAGUUGAAUACCAAACCAACAAAAAGAAAAGUGCAACSGAACAGAGUGAAGAUGAACAUGAUAGUGAUGAAGAGGAUGAAAAGAAAAGAGAUGAGCUAUAGGUUGUAGUUAAAAUUAUGGUUAUAAAUACUUGUAGCAUGUAGAGUGAUCGCACUUCAAGUGCACCUAACCCCUGAAAAAUGAUUUUUUUUCUAAAAUUAGGGAAAUUUCUAAGUGCUUUGGAUAAAAAAUGACUCAAUUUCAUUUAAUUCCUGAUUUUUGGCAAAUGUUUUAAGUUGGAUUUCGGAUGGACAGCCUCGAAAGACUGUACAAARACUGUACAAAAUCUAAGUAGUACUAAUUAAUUUGUACUAAAAGUGGACCUGAAGCAAGACGGUAUUGAAUGUUUAGUUCACUAGAAAUGCUUCUUGUACCUUAUUCUUACUAAUUCACUAGAAAUGGGUCUUUAUUUUGCAACCAUUAUCGUUGAAGUGCAACCCACGAAUUUCAGUCCUUAGCUUACAAUUUAUCACUCUUGACAUUCAUCAUCAUCAUCAUCAGGGCAUGGACCAGGACAUGCUCAAUUACAAGCCUCCACACUUCUCUGUCCGCCAUGGUGUUUAUGUAAAUAGCACUAUUUAGUUUGUGUACAGUUGCACAGUCAAACUUAAGUGUGAUCACUCUACUGGCAAGAAGAUUGAUAAAUAACGCACUUAAUCCAUGAAACAAAUAAGUACUAAAAUAAUACUAAACAGUGUUGAUAAACAAUAGAAAACAAAGGAAUAAGCAUAAUUUAGGUGUGAUUUACUCUAACAUGGUGACAGUAUUGCAGUAUUGUGGUAUAAACUUAAAGUUGAAAUAUAAGUCACUUAAAUAUUUAUGUUUUAACUUAUGAAAGGUGUUUAAAAAUAGUUGCUCCACACAGUCACACGAAACUGAAAUGGCUCGUAUUUUGUUAUUGUCAUAACAAUUGUAUAACAAUGUUAUUAAAUAACUGGGGGAUAAAGUUAUUCAGUUCUGUAAAGAAGAUAAGUUUAACACCGUAAAAAAGUAUGGGAAAUAAAGUUAAAUAAAGUUAUUCAUUUGUUCAAGAACUAAAUUCAAGACGACUAAUUUCCAAAUCUUUUCUUUCAGUGAAAAAAAUAUAAAAUAAAACCAUCUUCAUAUUGAGCCAAUCAUUUAUUUAAUGUAUGGUAUAUUUAUGUAUGGUAGGAUAUGGUAAAUUUUUUUUAAAUACUAUCAUUAUGAUAAUAUUAAGUAUUUUCAAACCACUAUGGAAAUUAACCCAUUACAGCAUAUGUUGAUGCUGGUUAGUMAUCUCCUUUAAUAACACUGGUAACGUAGAAAUAUAGGGCAAACAACAAAGGCAAUGUUGUAUUGAGCUAAUGUGUUGUAAAUGCCCCAGUAAUCAUACUGUAGUCAUCAACAUAAUAAAUAUAGAAUAACAUUAA